GCCGGGCCGGGCGCUCAGGCGAUCGCCGCGGGCAGCCCCGAUCCGGGCGGGGGGCGAGGCCCUCUGUGCGCGCGCGGGGUCGAACCGGAAGUGACGCUCAGCCCCGCCCUCUCGGUCGCGGCGGUCGCAGCGUUCGGGGGAGGAGCUGCCCUGCGAGGCUGCCGUGGCCAGCAUGGCGGAGAACGACGUGGACAACGAGCUGCUGGACUACGAGGAUGACGAGGUGGAGAACGCGGCGGGGCCGGACGGGGCCGAGGCGGCGCCCAAGAAGGACGUGAAGGGCUCCUACGUGUCCAUCCACAGCUCCGGCUUCCGCGACUUCCUGCUCAAACCCGAGCUGCUGCGCGCCAUCGUCGACUGCGGCUUCGAGCACCCCUCCGAAGUCCAGCACGAGUGCAUCCCCCAGGCCAUCCUGGGCAUGGACGUGCUGUGCCAGGCCAAGUCGGGCAUGGGCAAGACGGCCGUGUUCGUGCUGGCCACGCUGCAGCAGCUGGAGCCCGUCACGGGGCAGGUGUCGGUGCUGGUGAUGUGUCACACGCGGGAGCUCGCCUUCCAGAUCAGCAAGGAGUACGAGCGCUUCUCCAAGUACAUGCCCAGCGUCAAGGUGGCCGUGUUUUUCGGGGGGCUGUCCCUCACAGAUUUUUGGGGUAUCUGACCCAGAUUUUGCUAUUUUUGGG